GUUUUAGCAUUGAUAUUUCUCUAAGUAAGCCGAAUAUGAAAAGGUCCCACGAGUCGUUGUACAGCAAAAUGUAUGGGGUAAUAGGCGUGUAAGAAUUUGAAAAUAUGGAAAGUGAAAGUGUUCAAAAUAAAAAAGGCGCUAGUGAUACGUCAACAAACAAUAUAUUAGAAGAGUCGUGUCAAUCAUCGACAAAUGAGGUUGCAAAAAAUGUCGAAAAAUGUAGCAAUUCUGAAGAACUUACGACACCAACACAAUCAACCUCAGUCAUAUAUUCAAGAUGCUCCACCGACAUUCCACUUUUAUCUGCAUAUUCAAUGCCUAAACCGUCAAUUCAGACUCUUGAGGAGAAUAAUUUACCAGAAUCAGAAGAUACUGCCAGCAUUAAGCAUCCAAACGAUUUAAAGCUUGCAAGUGCGACACCGCCACUGUUAUUACCAAAGACACAAGUUUCACCAAAUCUCCAAACAAACACUCUAGAUUCCUAUAUUUCAGGAACAGAGGGUAUAAAUUCAACUUUUGAUGCAAGACUGAAGUUACAAAAGAUUCCAACUACUGUUAGUAACGCAAUAGGACCACCGGUACCAGCAUUAUUGUUUCCAGGGAACAGAUGAAUCGAUGAUUGAUAGCUCACUAGUUGAACCAACAAUGCAAAGUCAGACACCAUCAUCUACUUUAAAUACACAAAUUGAGGACCCAGUUGUGAUAACAAUGCCCCAAACAUCUUCAUCAUUACAACCUAGUUUUGGAACAACUGCAUCACUAUUACCGAAUACUACAGAAACGACAAAUUUAGGGCAUGCUGACAUCACUGCUACAAUUCAAACUGCUGCACAUCCAAUUUCUUCUUCGCUUCCUAUUUCUACCAGAGAAAUGAAUUUUUUCCGAUUAUCGUUCCUGAUUUUUCGAAGAGGACUAAUAGCAGUUAGAACAUUCUUUGAUUCCAAGCAUCCUCCAUUAGACCUUAUAUCAGAUCUUGCAUUAAAUAAAACUAAACUCUUAGCAAUAAAAGGAAGAGUCAUUUCUACUCAACAAUGGAAUAUAUUGUACCCAUCAUCAGGGUACGUAAGAUCAAGGCAGUUUGACGUCACUACGCUGAUUCUCCUUUUACGGUAUAUGACGAAUGUUCCUGCUCCCGUCACUGGAUACGGCAAGUUGCCUUCACAGUCAGACAAAAGUGUUGGGGCAGACCUUGCUAGAAUGAAGUAUUACAGAAACAUUGUAGCACAUUCAAAGAAUGCAAAGAUAUCAGAAAUGGAAUUCAAUGAUUACUGGGCUAACAUUGAAAAUGCAAUUGGCAGAUUAGGGGGCAAUGAACAACUGCUUGAGGCCAGGACAUUAAAAACGUUGCAAUUUGAACUAAAAGACAACGAAAUUCUUUUGAAAAUGAGGCAACUAAUAUUUCAGCAAAAUGAUACAAUACCACGAAAUAUCAAAGAGCAAAUCAGUGGCAAACUAGAAUUGUGGAGACUUGAGGACACAAAAUUCUGUGAAACAAGAGCAUCUAAAGAAGUUUUGAAUUUGAUUCGAACUGAGAAAUGUGUGUCUGUGGUUGGAAAUUCCGGUACAGGAAAGUCUGCAAUUUUACAUCAUGUAGCUCUACUUUUGCAAAACAUUGGUUUUCACGUUGUGCCAAUAAAAAUGCCACAUGAACUUUUACAAUAUUUUGACGACAGUACAUGUCAAUUAUUUAUUAUAGAGGAUCCUUGUGGUACAAAAUGUAUAGAUAUUUAUUUAGCAAAGGAAUGGAAAAGAUAUGACAGUGACAUACAGCAAUGCAUUUCAAGAAACAGGAAAACAAGAAUACUGGUGUCUUGUAGGUUGUCACACAGCAAAACACACUAUUACAAGGCCCUCCAACUGUUUAAAGGAAAAGAAGUUGACUUAAACUCUGAGAAUUACUCAAUGACAAUCAAAGAGAAGAAAGAAAUAUAUAAAAGACAUACUAACACAGAGUUUCUAUUUAAAGAAUACUUAUUGGAUCUGCAUGAUUGUUUUCCUCUGUUGUGCAGACUCAUUUCGACCAACAAGCAAUUCAAGGAAAACCCAGAGCGUUUUCUAAAGUUUCCUUAUAAGGAAUAUGAAGAAGAACUAGAUGCUCUUAGACAACAUGAAACACCUUACGAAUACAGUGCUCUUAUCCUCUGUGUCAUGUUUGACAACGAAGUUCGACCAGAAUACUUCAUUAAAGGAAUAGAUCAGAAUAUUGAUAAAAUCUUUGAUGUGGUAUUCGCAGAGUGUCUUUUGGACCAAGGAACGUCAAGAAAAAGAAUAAAACAAGCUUUUGAAAUCAUGACAAAUAGUUUUGUGUUAAAAAAGGAUGACUGUUAUGAAUUAUUACACACUAUUUUAAUUGAAAUAUUAGCUUGUCAUUUUGCGAAACAGUCUCUUGAUACAUUGAUUACAUUUGCUCCGUUGUGGAUAUUGGAAUCAAGACUUAUUCUUCCAGAAAACGCUUUGCCAUCUAAAUGGGAUAGCAAUACCGUUAUCAAGCUUGAUGACCAAUUUAAAUGUGUUUUUGUGGAGCGAAUCGCAAAGGAAUUAAAGCAGAAUAACAUUCCAAAUAUCCUUUUCUGUCAUUUAUUUCCUAAUUAUAAACUCGAGGCGAUGUUAUUUCACAACCUAAAAUCAAGAGGUGAGCUUUCAGCAUUUUUAGGAUCAAAUUUUUCUGUUAAAUGUGCAGAAAUUUCACUUAAGGAAGAAUUAGUGGGAACCAUACAUACAGAAUUUCACAGUGUGUUUCGGCUGGUGGAAAAUCUAAUAGAACUAAAUGAUGCUGAAGCAGUAUUUUAUACUUUUAUGAAAUUUAGCGGUAUGAUCGAUUCAUUUUCUCCAUUAGAAUUGGGGAUCAAGGAUCAUUAUCGCAGGGUGGAAAUGAAAGGUUGUGAAAAUACAGAUGACUUGUUUAGAGAAUGGAGUACGCGUUCCCAUACAGCAGAUAUGUUUUACGAAAGAAUAACAGCAAGACAAUUACUCGCAGCAGCUGAAACUGGUUUUUUGCAUUGGUUAAUAGGUGCCGGCUGGAUUGAUUUCUUCAAAAUGACACUAGAUUAUGUAGACAAAACAGUGAUAGAUGAGUUAUAUUCAAGUAGAUAUUCUACAUUUAUUUUAUCAUUACUCAGCGGCAAUUUAAGAAUGGUGAGCUUUUGUGCAAAUUUAUUUCAUAGUGAUUUCAAAACAAACUCCUUCUGUUUUCUUUGCAAACAGGAAUAUGCUGCUGAUUUACACGUGGAAAACUUGUGUCCUUUACAGGGGUUAACAUUCAUCAUCGUGCCAUGUUUGAAAGGCAAUACAGAAGUUCUACAAUAUCUCUUUCAAGAAGGUAUUUGCAAUCAUCAUGAUUUGAAUAAGUAUGUUGAUUUGGGAAUGUAACAC